CGGCUUCCGGAGGGAGACUGAAAGAACCCUAACCUCAAGACCAUCGAAAACAGAGUAUCUUACGUAAUGACCUCUCUUUCCUCUUGACCGUCACGGUCAUGCCUCAUCCCACGUCCACAUUUCCCCGUUCUGGCGUUCUUGUUCUCGGAGAACAUGCUGUCCAUUCUCUAGUACCAUCCACACUCAUAUCCCAGGCUGAAUCUCUUCUAGACGGUCACCGAAUAUCGGAUGCUGUGGACUUAGCUGAUCAGCAGCGGAAGAAAUUACAAAGUAACAUCUCUGCGGGUGAGGACGAGGCAGAGGAACUACGCUACGUGUACCAACGAAUAGGAUUCCAAUGUUUCACCGAAACACUCUUCGAAGACGCGGGCAAGAAUUUCUUCGACGGAGACUUGGACCCGCGACUUCUUAUCAGCUACUAUCCCGAUCUACACGGUUCUCUUUAUACUUCACAAGACUCUAUCGAUGUCUUUGCUGGCGUUGCGGAGCACAUGCCAAUAGAAUCUUCUGUUGAUGAUAUCAUCAGGAAUUAUUCACCACAUCUAUCCCCCAACACACGAACUGCUACCACUGCGGUCGAACUCCGAAAGAUUCUUGGAAUGGCCGCCCAUGAAAUGCUGCAAGUUUUUCUGAACAAAUGCCGUCAUCGCCGUAAGAUCGAGCCGGAAUAUGCGAACAAGUGGAAGGACACGUUUGCCGCUGUCGACACAGUUCUGGUCAAACUAUACGCACAAUUGGAAAAGCAGGAGCUGUACUCGUUGCUUCAGGAAACAAAUCACAUAGUCCUCGAUGAGAUCGAGCCGGUGCUGAGAAACGCUGGACAAUACAACGCUCUUUGCAUGCUCUAUAGGAAAUCAAACGAUCAUAAGAAGCUCCUUGAAGUCUGGGCAAAACUGGCCGAGGGAGAAUGGACAGACGAAGAUAUAACAGACCCGCUUUCUGAUAUGAUAAUGCUUCUCACGGAAAAGAAAGACCGGCAGCUAACACAACAGUGGGGAAUUUGGUUAACCAAGAUUGACCCGGAGCGGGGACUCAAGCUCCUCACUUCCCAAAAUACUUCAAAACGGCGGGAGAAACUGGAAGACGACUCUGCGUUGUUGAAGCAAAUUUCUGAAGCCAAUCCUGCAGCCGGUUCACAGUAUCUCGAGCAUCUCGUGCUACAGAAACGAAAUCCUUCACGCGUCCUUCAUGAGCAAUUUGCAACUGCUCUGGUUGAACAGUUGCUUUCCUACGUUUCCCAAGAUGUCGUGUCCAAGCUAUGGCGGGCCAAAGCAUCCUCCUUUACGUCAAGCCGCAACGAAUCUACAAUAUCAUUCUUCUCCUAUUUUGUCUCAACCACGCCUGAUUCCGAUCACAAGCGGGUGCGAAUAAAAGCGGCCUUGUUCCUCCAAGGAUCAACAAUGUACGAUUUCCAAAGUGUCAGAGAUAAGCUGGCCCCGUAUCAGAAGUUUCUCAAGCUCGAGAUGGCGAUCAUUGAAGGCAAGCUGGGGAAUCAUCGUGCAGCGCUAUCUAUUUUGAUACAUGAUCUAAACGAUUCAAACUCUGCCGAGGUCUAUUGUGCCCUGGGAGGCGAAGUGAUUCCCAGCAAAGUAGCACUAUCUGCUGCUGAGAAUACAGCUGGCCUUCAGCUGUGGAUAUCAGCAAAUUGGUUUACAAAACCUAAUAACGAAUCAAUACCCAUAGCUGCCGAAGAAGAGCUCAAACGAAGUUUACUGAAGAUUUUGCUAGAAGUCUAUGUUACUGCCCAGGCUCCAAGUAGAGGUCGUACGGCACGCUUACUCGACUCACAAGCUGUCAAUUUGGAUGCCGUUGAUGUGAUACCUCUUGUUCCACCAGACUGGCCUCUCAACACAAUGUCAUCUUUCCUGACUCGCUCCUUCCGGAGAACCCUUCAUCAGCGUCACGAAGGUCAAAUCAUCAAAACCAUCAGUGCCGCACAAAAUCUCGAAGUGAAAGAGAAGACGUGGCUCAUACUUCGUGAGGAGGGGAUGGUCGUGGAAGAACCAUUAGAGGAAGAGGAUGAUUUGGACCCCGGAUACGUUGUGGACGAGAAGUCCGCUUUGCAGGUCACUCUUGGACCCGCGGCAGAUUCGGGAGAAGGAGAAAAGUUUCUGAAUGGUACGCAUCAACGUCCUUGGGACGAUACUGUAGAUAUUCGAUAAUGUAUAUAUGUGGUAGAUUCAGGUUUUGUUUGACACAAGGGGAGGCUGAUCUCAAAUUGAUGUGCGACGA